AUGUGGCGUUUGGCAUCAUCUGUGCUGCUCCUGGGCGCCUGCGUGGAAGUUGUGCAAGACGAUGGGUUGCGGGCCGAGCUCGGGCAUCUCUGGAACAUGGUGGUUGUCAAUCAGCAGUCCCGCAAUGUUUCCCAGGGCGAGGCCCCCGUCGUUCGUCGAGUAUGUCAAUUUGGUGUAAGCGCGGCCACCUUCGACAUGGCCGAUUGGAUGCUGAGCUUUGCAGAUCCACCGCUGGAGGAGCUGGAAAUCACAGAUGUAGAGGCCAUGGGAGACGAGAUGUUGGUCCUGGCCUCCGAGCUGCAGCGCCGCUUCGGGGCCCGCGUGCGCAUCACUCCGGGACGCUGGCAAAGGUCUCCUGGGCCAGCAGAGGAGGUUGAGGGUCAUGUCUGCGACGCGUUGCUCUUCUCCAAAGUCUCCGUCCGCUUCACCUUGGAGCGCGUCAUGCACCGGGUAGGAAGCCACGUUGUGGCCAUUUGGGCAUCUGAUGAGUGCAUCAGCGAGACCACGGAGGUUGCCAGUCCGGCGUGUGCCCACCUCAACACUUUUUGGGAGCGAACCUAUCUGAUGAUGCGGGGUUAUUGCCUGGGAAGGAUAUGUGCUUCUAGAGUCCUGAAGAGCAUCCUCGAAGAUCCUAAUGUUCUGGAGCUCCGAUGCGAUGAGUUUCGGUCAGAGCAGGGCUCAAAUGCUUCCAUUUCCGAGUUCGGCCAAGACUGGUUUGUACUUCGGAACUUUCUGGGCCUGAAUGCGAAGGGCAUCUAUGUAGAUGUUGGGGCGUCCCUGCCUUUCGACUACAGCAACACAGUCAUGUUGGACCGCUGCCUUGGCUGGCAGGGUCUUUGCAUCGAGCCAAACCCUCACCUCAGCUUCAUCCUGGAGGCGUAUCGCUCUUGUCAGGUCUUCCCGAACUGCGUUGACGAGGACGGCUUGACCCAAAAGCCUUUCUCGGACCGAGAUGGCAAGGUCGAGUUUUAUGCGGACUGCUUGCCGUUGACCGAGAUCCUGCGGCGGGGUGGGCUGUCUGGGCAGCGCAUUGACCUUCUUACCAUUGACGUUGAGCACCAGGAGUUAGCCGUUCUCAGAGGCUUGUCCUUUGACGAGUUCGACAUACGCAUCAUUGUGGUUGAAGUAACACGAGGAGCUCGAUGGUUGGAGGUGGAUUCCAUUCUUCUCCCGCAGGGCUAUGCCAAAGUUGCAGUGCUCGGGCGCGAUGUUGUCUACACCAAGCUUCAGGAGCUGCAGCCACGUGGAGAUGCAGCUGAGGGUGGUUUUCCCCUCUUGGGAAAGCUGAGCUCGGGAAAGGCGAUCCUGCCUCCGGGGUGGGCAGAGUUUCAUCAGCGCGUGUUGGACGAAGAAAUGGAGGAGGAGAUGCGACAAGAACGCCAGGCAUUUUAUGCUGGUCUUAGACGCACAAAGCCUGUGUCACACUUAGAUUCGACAACUUGA